AACGGUAGCGUGGCCCCCCCCCUCCCCUGUUUCAAUGGCUCCCAGUGGAGCUGCAAAGAAAAAUAGGCCUGUGAAUUGGGCGACAAGAGGAAAAACAGUGGGUUGAUGGCGCGGGUUAGGCGCUGGAUGGUUCUCUCUGGCCCUGAGUCCCAGGUGAGUCGUGCAGCCUCUCCCCGCCCGCCUUUGCGAUUCUCGUCGAUGCAGCCUGUUAUAUCCACCGCACAUCCGCUUCUCUUUCUGCUUCCUUUCUUCUUCACACACACACUCCUUCAAUCAAACUAUCCUCGUUUAUCUCGUUUCUUGGAGCCGGACUCUCAGCACUCGAUCCUCACUCUCUCGAUCUUGCCGUCCACUCCAGCACAUUCCUUAACGUUGCAUAACACCAGAUUUGGUAACAUCAGCCACACGCUUCGUGACUAAAUCAACACAUCGCCCGCCGAUCUCGUUCAAUCUCUAAAUCGCUGUUUCCACCAACCCUUUAAGUCUACGACUUCGAAUCUCUUUUUUUCUCUUUAUUCAAGAUGAAGUACUCUACUGUCGCCUCUGCGCUCCUCGUCGCUACCGCCGCGGCCAAGCCCCGCGGUCACGGCCACCUCCACGCUCGCGAUGCCGUCGUGACCACCACCGUCUGGGUCACCGAGACUGAGCUUGUCACUGAGCUUGUCGACGCUACCACCACUGUUUGGAUCACUCCCGGUCAGGAGACUCCCGCUGCUGCCACCACCGCCGAGCCCAAGCCUUCGCGCGCUCAGUUCUUCGAGUCUGCUUCCGUUGCCCCUGCGGCGCCUUCCAACACCCAGGCUCAGGCUCCUCCUCCUCCCCCUCCUCCUCCUCCUGCUUACACUCCUCCUGCUUACACUCCUCCUGCUUACACUCCUCCUGCUGUUCAGCAGCCUCCCAAGCAGGAGCCUCCCAAGCAGAACUCUCCCCCUGCCACUGGUGGUACUGGUGGUGGCAAGCAGUACACUGGCGAUGCCACCUACUUCGCUGUUGGCUUGGGAUCUUGCGGCUUUGACGACUCUGGAAAGGAUAGGACCGAGAACAUUGUCGCCAUCGCCGGUGUUGAUAUGGGUAAGCAGUCCAACGGCAACCCCCUGUGUGGCAAGACCAUCACCAUCCACGCUGAUGGCAAAUCUAUCCAGGCCCUUGUCCACGACAUGUGCCCUACCUGCAAGUCCGGCGCCAUCGAUCUCAGUGAGAAGGCUUUCCUCGAGCUCUUCGGUGACCUCGGCCUUGGCCGUGGCCAGGUCAGCUGGUCUUUCAACUAAAAGACAAGCCCAUGCUUUAACGAAACGUCCAUAUUUUGCUUUUUGAGUACCUUAUGACCGAUCUGCGAGGCUGGCGCCUCUGCCACAUUGCACUGGAGAGCUUUUCCUCUUCAAUCUUGUCUGGACAAGACUCGGCGGCCCAGGACCGCCGGGCAAUGCAGAGCAAGCAGGAGACUUUGAUGACGAACAUACACACUCCUUUAUGAAUGAAAAUAGAAGUGGACGUGCACAAACAAAGUGUACGUUCCAGGACAUGGAUGGAUAUAGAAAUGGCCAACAGGAUGCCUUCAGAUUGCCUCUCAAACAGGCUCGCUUUGAUUUUUCUCUACUUCUUCUGUACAUAUUGUACCCCCAUCUUGGCUAGCUUCAAGGCAGCCAUUUUAGAUCUACAAAAACUUUUGAAUAAAUCAAAACAAAAUUUAAAACAUCG